GGCGUGAGCAGGAGGAGGAGCUGCGGCGGCUGCAGCCACUCAAGGAGGUCGGUGCCGCUGUGUGGACCCGCCGAAGGCGCGGGCUGCUGGUCCCGCGUGGAGAAGGUGCGGCGGUCCUGGGGCUAUGGAGCCUGGUGACGCGGCGCGCCUGGGCCCCGGUUGGGCUGUCCGAGUGCUGCCACCAAAGCUGCUACUGCUGUCGCUGCUGCUGCCGCUGCUGCUGGGCCGGGGGCUGCGUGCAGGGGCUGGGGCCUCUUCCUCUGGGGCGGUGGCGGAGGACAGCAGCGCCAUGGAGGAGCUUGCCACCGAGAAGGAGGCUGAGGAGAGCCACCGGCAAGACAGCGUGAGCCUGCUCACCUUCAUCCUGCUGCUCACCCUCACCAUCCUCACCAUCUGGCUCUUCAAACACCGCCGGGUGCGCUUUCUGCACGAGACCGGACUGGCCAUGAUCUACGGGCUCAUCGUCGGGGUGAUCCUGAGAUAUGGCACCCCUGCUACCAGUGGCCGUGACAAAUCACUGAGCUGUACUCAGGAAGACAGGGCAUUCAGCACCUUAUUAGUGAAUGUCAGUGGGAAGUUCUUCGAGUACACUCUGAAGGGAGAAAUCAGCCCGGGCAAGAUCAACAGUGUAGAGCAGAAUGACAUGCUGCGGAAGGUAACAUUUGAUCCAGAGGUAUUUUUCAACAUUCUGCUGCCCCCAAUUAUUUUCCAUGCUGGAUACAGUUUAAAGAAGAGACAUUUUUUCAGAAAUCUUGGCUCUAUUCUGGCCUAUGCCUUUUUGGGAACUGCAGUUUCCUGCUUCAUUAUUGGAAAUCUCAUGUAUGGCGUGGUGAAGCUUAUGAAGAUUGUGGGCCAGCUCUCUGAUAAAUUUUACUACACAGAUUGUCUCUUUUUUGGAGCAAUUAUCUCUGCAACUGACCCAGUGACUGUGUUGGCGAUAUUUAAUGAAUUGCACGCUGACGUGGAUUUGUAUGCACUUCUGUUUGGAGAGAGCGUCCUAAACGAUGCUGUUGCCAUUGUACUGUCAUCGUCUAUAGUUGCCUACCAGCCAGCAGGGUUGAAUACUCAUGCCUUUGAUGCUGCUGCCUUUUUUAAGUCAGUUGGCAUUUUUCUUGGUAUAUUUAGUGGCUCUUUUACCAUGGGAGCUCUUGCAGGCCUCAGGGGAGCAAUGGCAUUUGCUCUGGCUAUCCGUGACACAGCCUCAUAUGCUCGCCAGAUGAUGUUCACGACCACUCUCCUCAUUGUCUUCUUCACUGUCUGGAUUAUUGGUGGAGGUACAACACCCAUGUUGUCCUGGCUUAAUAUAAGAGUUGGUGUGGAGGAGCCCUCCGAAGAGGAUCAGAGUGCACACCGCUGGCAGUACUUCAGAGUUGGCGUUGAUCCAGAUCAAGACCCACCGCCCAACAAUGACAGCUUUCAAGUCUUACAAGGGGAUGGCCCCGAUUCUGCUGGAGGAAACCGGACCAAGCAGGAGAGUGCAUGGAUAUUCAGGCUGUGGUACAGCUUUGACCACAAUUACUUGAAGCCCAUCCUCACUCACAGUGGUCCACCACUAACCACCACUCUCCCUGCCUGGUGUGGCUUGCUGGCUCGAUGUCUGACCAGUCCCCAGGUAUAUGAUAACCAAGAGCCACUACGAGAAGAAGACUCAGAUUUCAUCCUCACCGAGGGUGACCUCACCUUGACCUAUGGAGACAGUGCAGUGACUGCCAAUGGCUCCUCGGGCUCCCACACAGCCUCUACCAGUCUGGAGGGUAGUCGGAGAACCAAGGGCAGCUCAGAAGAAGUGCUGGAGCGAGACCUGGGAAUGGGAGACCAGAAGCUUUCAAGCCGGGGCACACCUCUUGUGUUUCCUCUGCAGGAAAAUGCAUGACUUUCUGCCAUCCCUAAACCCUGAAGUGAUAGGGCGAGGCCCUGAGGGGUGAGGAUGGCUAUAUCCCCCUCUAGUGUGUUUGAGUGGGGGCGUUGAUUGGAUUGAACAAAUGCUUCUGUUUUAUUGGGAUCUGAUGCUAUCUUAACAUUCAAAAUUUAACCCAAGGCGCAGAUGGUGAAGCUAAAGUGUCUCUAAUUUAAGACAAAUGCAGACCAUACUCCCAGUUUUUCACAUCGUCCUACUGUUUUCCAAGUUAAGCAAACAAAGUAAUAGCAUGCUUUAAACAGUCUCUUAAUUUGUCUGCCCGCAGCAUCUGAACACAUAGGGUGGCAGAGCAGAGACAGGGCUUCUGCCUGGCCACCCAUGAGACACUCCAAGGUCUACCACUGUGUGUCUAGCUGGCUCCAGGAUAUCAAGUUAUGGGAGAACAGGAUACAAAAAACUCAUGGAGGAAGGUAAUUGAAUUGGCCUUCCAAUGAUUCUGAGAUGCUGCUGUUAGACAGGACAGAAAGGACUAUUGGAUUGGAGACUGUGCUUUGAAGGCUGUGAGCAUCUCCUAUCAGGAGUCCUAGCCCUAGCUACCUGUGUUUCUCCUAACAAAAUGGUCAUUAGAAAAGGUAUCUAUGAGGCAUUGCAAAGCAAGGGCAAGAUGUAUUGUUCCUCCUCUGGAAAUUGCCAUGAAGAAGUCACUAAAAUGUUCAAAACCAAAGGCAAAUAGUAUUAUACUGGUGGGUUUAAAAAAAAUCAAUCUGAGGACAGGAGAUAUUUCAAAAGUGGUAAUGGUAUAAUUGCAGAAAUGGUUCAACUUCUGAGGGCUACCAUGAGAGCUGCUUGUCUGGGAAAUGGCUAAAGAGAACUGAGGUAUUGUCUGUGGGGGUAAAGCUAUCACCAUGUAUAGGAAGCUUUUACCUGGGGCAGAGAAAGCAACAAGGGACUGAAGAGACCAUAGGCUAGUUUUUGGAGGAAAGAAAUCUCAUUGCAAAAAAAAA